AUGUUAACAGGAGCGAAUCGUGAAUUUCGUACUGUUGAUCUAACAACUAGAAAAUUAACCGAACAAGAGAAAGGCGUAUUAGAAUUAGGACUAAACUUUAUACCAACUACGGAUAUUGAUCCAACGAAAUAUGUGGCAAGGGUGAUUGCGGGUGUCGAACUUGGUCUGUAUAAAAAAGACGUUAUACAAAAAAAACAAAUUGUUUCAGAAAUGAGAAAUACCAUUGGUAGAAGUUUAAAUUAA